AUGUCUGCUCCUGCUGGUACGUGGCUUGUUGCACCUUAUUCUCUCGCCAUCGUCUCACCACACCUGACAGACUACUCCGUAUUCGCAAGUGCCGAAUUCGACCCUAAUGACUACGCCAAUGCUGUCCUUGCCGGCGAGCCAUAUGUCCUUCCAUCCGACACACGUACAAAGCCUUUGAUUUCUUCCAACAAGCUUGCCGAGGCACCAGGAAAAGAAGAAAUCUCCAUAGCGAUAUCGAAACUCACUUUUGGCAUUGACGAUGUCUCCAAGCAAAUAAAGACUCUUGUGAGUGCAUAUUGUCAUUCAGCACAUUGUUCAUUCAUUAUUUUUGGAUAA